AUGCCCGUAGUGCACGCCGAUCUGCCUGGAGAUGUUCCACAGCCAAAAGAGCGUACCGUGCUUACACACUCGCAUCAUCAACCAGCCAUGAGCAAACCACAAAUGGUAAGGGAAUACUUUGAGCAUUGUCUCACCGCCUUGCGAACGUACUUUCACCAAAUUGAGACCCGGUCGGAAGAGCUCGCAAGCACUUCAAAUGAAAACAAGAUUUUGAAGGCAGAGAACGAGCGUCUGAGGGCUGAAAACCGCAAUCUAAAGGAGAAUGCAACCAAAGAAUCGGCAGAGCUUGCUGUCCUCGAAGGCGACAAGGGAAAAUCGAAAAUGGCUGUGGAAGACUUGACAGUCAAGCUAAAUAAAGCGCGGUCACGACACCGGCAUUACAGAAGAGAAGCAGGAGAGCUUGAAAGAAGUAAAGUCGGCGCUCUUGAGGAUAAAGUCGGUGGACUAGAAUCAAAGAUCGGCGGUCUCGAAGCCGAGGCCAGCAAGCUCAAACGGGUCAACCGAGAUCUACAACGGCGAUAUAAGGUGAUGCUUCCACUUACCUGGGCCGCCUGUCAGAUUCGCUUAGGUAGACUUGAGACCAUUGCGAGAUUCUGGAUCGAUGGCAGGAUACACAAACCAAAUGACAACAUUAUCAGAUGGCGCAACAGCAUCGCGCACGAUGGAAAUGUCACACUUGAUCUUGCGGCGGUGAAUUUCAUGGAGAUAUAUCCCAACCUUGAUGGAGGAUUGCAUCAUUUCGAUGACUUUAAAAGCAGCCUUGACCAACACAAGAUUUUGAUGAGAAGACAAUUCGCCUACGGUAUCCUCAAAGUGACAAAGCUCAUUGAAAAUAAGAACGUUAUGGAGCUCUUGACUGCGCGAGGCACGAUUUGGGGUAACAAGGUCAUAAGUUCAUCAGUCAGAAGUGACUUCCUCGUGAAAACUUUUGAGCUGUUAAUCAAGUACGAAACGGCAGCCUCCGAGAAAAUAUCGCUUGAUCCCUUCCAUGAGAAUGGACCACUGGCCGCAGAGCUCGAAGAAAUCAGAACAAAAGCGAAAGAGGUGCUGGCUAGGUACUGA